ACUUCCACUGUGGUACCCUACAAUUGCUAUGGUAAAUCCCAAAGGCUUCCACGCAUUUGCCUCACUUUCGAUAAGUAAUCAUUACCUGAUCCCUGGAGGUAUAUCAUCUAUAUAUAUUGUCUCUUACCCCUUCUCUAAAUUCCUCCUCCACACUCACCAUCAUGGAGGCAGAAUGUGUGAAAGCGGAUCCACCAGUCCGCGUAUUGGUCCAGACUCUAACACAUUUAGUUCCUGGACGAGAGCGCCGCUGGGCUUCCCACAAUGAUUUCUUCGCGUAUGAUGACCUAUGGUGCUACUUUUUAGUUGAUUACGGGGAAGCUCCAGAAGACGCUAAAGUGCCUAUUCUGUCCUAUGAGUGGACAGAGUGGUGUUUGAAACCGAAGCCCGAGCUGGCGCAACAUCCUCGCGUGCUACGCAAGCUUAAAAAGUACUACCCAUUUACUCGGAAGCCUCGACCACAUAACCCUGAGCACUGUCCGAGACCAAGGCGGCACUCUAUUAAAAAGAUGCUUGAGCGUGAUGCCAACCUCAACCGCACUGAUCUGCAGCAUCUACGAGAACAUCCGGAAGAUAUAAAAUGGCUCAAGGAGAAUCUUCCACUUGAUCUGUGGUUGAACUUUCUGGACGACCAAUAUCCACGGAUCUUCACUCGUCGACAUUAUUUGUGGCGGUAUCCUCGACCUCCUUUCAAGGAGCCGGAGGAGGUGGAAGACUCGGAGGACUCCGAGAACACUGAGGAGAAUGAAGAGACAGAGGACACUGCGGACACUGAGGGCACUGGGGAAGCCUCAAUAACAUCGCUACUGUCGGCUUAA